GGCUCCGCUCCGGUUUGCGCCGUCCGUCGACAUCUUUGGAUGUUUUUUCCAACGAUGAGUUGGAUGUAAAACGGAUCUUUUCGAUGUGGAUUCGAGGAUGCAAGAAGCAGAUGAACAGUCUGAAGGGGCGCAGUAUGCCGGCAACAGAAGGACCACUCCCUCCACGGACGCCUCGGCGCUCUGGUCAGAAAGCCAAACUCGUCUGCACCAGCUCCAUCCACCCGAACCCCUGCAGGCUCCGGCCAGCACCGGCAAACCCGUCGGCUCCUCUUAUGGCCUCCUCGGGGCCGACAGCGGCGUCCAGGGCCCCGGUGGCCCUGACGCCGGUGUCAGCCCGGUCCUCGCCUGGCACGCCGCCAUCAGCGCUGCUCGCCAGGCGCAGGGCGACGGCGAGAAGCCCGACAUGAGCUCACGGCCCUCGGUUUGCACGAGUGGAGCGGCUCCUGCCGGAUCGCUGGCUCAGAGGAAGAGGCAGCAGUACGCCAAGAGCAAAAAGCAAGGAGGGUCCACCAACAGCAGGCCGCCCAGAGCCCUGUUCUGCCUCACCCUCAACAACCCCAUCCGCAGGGCCUGCAUCAGCCUGGUGGAGUGGAAACCGUUCGAUAUCUUCAUACUGCUGUCUAUUUUUGCCAACUGCGUGGCCUUAGCCAUCUACAUCCCUUUUCCUGGAGACGACUCCAAUUCCACCAACCAAGAACUGGAAACAGUAGAAUAUGCCUUCCUGAUCAUUUUCACUAUAGAGACAUUUCUGAAGAUUAUUGCCUACGGCCUGGUCAUGCACCAGAACUCCUACGUCAGGAACGGCUGGAACAUGCUGGACUUUGUCAUCGUCAUAGUGGGGUUGUUCAGUGUGGUUCUGGAGAUGAUAACCAAAGACGCUGACUCUGGCGGCCAGUCUGGAGGCAAACCUGGGGGCUUUGACGUCAAGGCCCUCCGAGCCUUUCGCGUCCUACGACCCCUUCGCCUUGUCUCUGGAGUUCCCAGUUUACAGGUGGUUUUAAACUCCAUCAUUAAAGCCAUGGUCCCUCUGCUGCACAUCGCCCUGCUGGUCCUCUUCGUCAUCAUCAUCUACGCCAUCAUCGGUCUGGAGCUCUUCAUCGGCAAAAUGCACGCCACGUGUUAUUUAAUACAGACAGGUGUUCUUGCAGAAGAAGAGCCGACGCCGUGUGCGGUUUCGGGUCACGGCCGACACUGUCUGGUCAACGGUACCGUCUGCAGAGAGGGCUGGCAGGGACCCAACAACGGCAUCACAAACUUCGACAACUUUUUGUUCGCCAUGCUCACCGUGUUCCAGUGCAUCACCAUGGAGGGCUGGACCGAGGUCCUCUACUGGAUGAACGAUGCGAUGGGCUUCGAGCUGCCGUGGGUUUACUUCGUCAGUCUGGUCAUCUUUGGAUCCUUCUUUGUUCUAAAUCUGGUUCUGGGUGUGUUGAGCGGAGAGUUUUCCAAAGAGCGAGAGAAGGCCAAAGCUCGCGGUGAUUUCCAGAAGCUGCGUGAGAAGCAGCAGCUGGAAGAAGACCUGAAGGGCUACCUGGACUGGAUCACUCAGGCCGAAGACAUCGACCCCGAGAACGAGGAGGAGGGAGACGAGGAGGGCAAACGGAACCGGGUCACGCUGGCUGACCUCACUGAGAAGAAGAAAGGAAAGUUUGGCUGGUUCACUCAGUCCACAGAGACUCAGGCGAGCAUGCCCAGUGAGACCGAAUCCGUGAACACUGAGAAUCACAACGGAGACGACAGUAAAUCUCCCUGCUGUGGACCGCUGUGUCAAAAAAUUACUAAGUCAAAGUGCAGUCGGCAGUGGCGUCGAUGGAACCGUUUCUGCCGCAGGAAAUGUCGUGCAGCCGUGAAAUCUGUGACGUUUUAUUGGCUGGUCAUCAUCUUGGUGUUCCUCAACACUCUGACCAUCGCCUCAGAGCACUACAACCAACCCGACUGGCUGACGGAAGUCCAGGACGUGGCCAACAAAGUCCUCCUGGCCUUGUUCACGCUGGAGAUGCUGGUGAAGAUGUACAGUUUAGGGCUGCAGGCCUACUUCGUGUCGCUGUUCAACCGCUUCGACUGCUUCGUGGUGUGUGGAGGAAUCGUAGAGACCAUCCUGGUGGAGCUGGCCAUCAUGUCUCCUCUGGGCAUCUCCGUGUUCCGCUGCGUUCGCCUCCUCAGGAUCUUCAAGGUCACACGCCACUGGGCGUCUCUCAGUAACCUGGUGGCAUCUCUGCUCAACUCCAUGAAGUCCAUCGCCUCGCUGCUGCUGCUGCUCUUCCUCUUCAUCAUCAUCUUCUCCCUCCUCGGGAUGCAGCUCUUCGGGGGGAAGUUCAACUUUGACGAAACUGUGACCAAACGGAGCACGUUUGAUAACUUCCCCCAGGCCCUGCUCACCGUCUUCCAGAUCUUAACAGGAGAGGACUGGAACACGGUGAUGUAUGACGGCAUCAUGGCGUAUGGGGGUCCAGCCUCCUCUGGGAUGGUGGUCUGCAUCUACUUCAUCAUCCUCUUCAUCUGUGGAAACUACAUCCUGCUGAACGUCUUCUUGGCCAUCGCCGUCGACAACCUGGCGGACGCCGAGAGCCUGAACACGGCACAGAAGGAGGAAGAGGAGGCCAAGAAGAGGAAGAACAGCGCCAAGGAGGUCAUCUUAGAGAAGAAGAGAGUGGAAAUAACAGAAGCCAAAGAUGGAGAGACGAAGGUGCCAGCAGAGGUGGAGGAAGACAAAGAAUUGUAUCCUGUUACUGACUCUCCAGUGUGUGAUGAAGAUGAAAAUAACGACGAGCUCCCAGAAGUCCCCUCAGGACCUCGACCUCAGCGGCUUUCUGAGCUCACCAUCAAGGAGAAGACUCCUCCCAUCCCUGAGGGCAGCGCCUUCUUCAUCUUCAGCAGCACAAACCCGUUCCGUGUGUUCUGCCAUAAGCUGAUCAACCACCAGAUCUUCACCAACCUCAUCCUGGUCUUCAUCAUGCUCAGCUCCGUCUCUCUGGCUGCUGAAGAUCCCAUCCGCAACUUCUCCGCUCGCAAUAUCAUCCUAGGCUAUGCAGACUAUGUCUUCACUAGUAUGUUUACAUUUGAGAUCCUUAUUAAGAUGACGGCGUUUGGAGCUUUUCUUCACAAAGGAGCUUUCUGUAGAAACUACUUCAACCUGUUAGACCUGCUGGUCGUUGGUGUGUCUCUGGUUUCCUUCGGCAUUCAGUCCUCCGCUAUCUCAGUGGUGAAGAUUCUUCGUGUUUUGCGGGUUCUCCGUCCACUCAGGGCCAUAAACAGAGCAAAGGGCCUCAAGCAUGUGGUCCAGUGUGUGUUUGUGGCCAUCAGGACCAUCGGCAACAUCAUGAUCGUCACCACGCUGCUGCAGUUCAUGUUCGCUUGUAUCGGUGUGCAGCUCUUCAAGGGAAAAUUUUACCGAUGCACAGAUGAUGCAAAGUCCAGUCCAGAUGAGUGCAAAGGUACAUACAUCCUCUACAACAACGGCGACACGGCGAUGCCCAUGGUGAAGGAGAGGAUUUGGUACAACAGCGACUUCAACUUUGACAACGUCCUCAUGGCCAUGAUGGCUCUUUUUACCGUGUCCACCUUCGAAGGAUGGCCCACUUUGUUGUACAAGGCCAUCGACUCCAACAGGGAGAACAUGGGUCCCAUCUACAACUACCGCAUCGAGAUCUCCAUCUUCUUCAUCAUCUACAUCAUCAUCAUUGCCUUCUUCAUGAUGAACAUCUUCGUCGGUUUCGUCAUCGUCACCUUCCAGGAGCAGGGGGAGAAGGAGUAUAAGAACUGUGAGCUGGACAAGAACCAGCGUCAGUGUGUCGAGUACGCUCUGAAAGCUCGUCCUCUGCGGCGCUACAUCCCUAAAAACCCCUACCAGUACAAGUUCUGGUAUGUGGUCAACUCCACCGGCUUUGAGUACGUCAUGUUUGUCCUGAUCAUACUCAACACCUUGUGUCUGGCCAUUCAGCAUCAUGGUCAGUCUCAUUUGUUUAACUAUGCCAUGGACAUCCUCAACAUGGUCUUUACUGGAGUGUUCACUGUAGAAAUGAUCCUCAAGCUCAUCGCCUUCAAACCCAGGGGUUAUGUCGGAGACGCCUGGAACGUCUUCGAUGCCCUGGUGGUGAUCGGCAGCGUGGUCGACAUCAUCCUCAGCCAGAACUAUUUUGCUGAUGCAUGGAACACGUUUGAUGCCUUAAUUGUUGUGGGUAGCGUGGUUGACAUUGCCAUCACUGAGAUCAAUUCGGCAGCCAUUCCUGUUGUCAAGGUGAUAGUGGAGCCAGGGAACACGGAGGACAGCGCUCGCAUCUCCAUCACCUUCUUCCGCCUGUUCAGGGUGAUGCGUUUGGUCAAACUGCUGAGCCGAGGGGAGGGAAUCAGGACGCUGCUGUGGACCUUCAUCAAGUCCUUCCAGGCUCUUCCUUAUGUUGCUCUCCUGAUAGCGAUGCUCUUCUUCAUCUAUGCUGUGAUUGGAAUGCAGGUGUUUGGGAAAAUAGCGAUGGUGGACGGAACCCAAAUCAACCGUAACAACAACUUUCAGACAUUUCCUCAGGCUGUCCUGAUGCUCUUCAGGUGUGCCACAGGGGAGGCCUGGCAGGAGAUCAUGCUGGCCUGUCUGCCAGGAAAACUGUGUGAUUCAGAGUCAGACUACAACCCCGGAGAGGAGAGGACCUGCGGCAGCGGCUUCGCUAUCAUCUACUUCAUCAGCUUCUACAUGCUCUGUGCUUUCCUGAUCAUCAACCUGUUCGUAGCUGUCAUCAUGGAUAACUUUGACUAUCUGACACGUGAUUGGUCCAUUCUGGGGCCGCAUCACCUGGAUGAGUUUAAGAGGAUCUGGUCAGAAUACGACCCCGAAGCCAAGGGGAGAAUAAAGCAUCUGGAUGUAGUGACUCUGCUGAGGAGGAUUCAGCCUCCCCUGGGUUUCGGUAAACUCUGUCCUCACAGAGUGGCCUGUAAGCGUCUGGUGGCGAUGAACAUGCCCCUGAACAGCGACGGGACGGUGAUGUUUAACGCCACCUUGUUCGCUUUGGUCCGAACCGCUCUGAAGAUAAAGACUGAAGGGAACCUGGAACAAGCCAACGAGGAGCUUCGAGCCGUCAUCAAGAAGAUCUGGAAGAGGACAAGCAUGAAGCUGCUGGACCAAGUGGUGCCCCCUGCUGGUGAUGACGAGGUAACAGUGGGGAAGUUCUAUGCCACCUUCCUGAUACAGGACUACUUCAGAAAGUUCAAGAGGCGCAAAGAGCAAGGCCUUGUGGGAAGGCGGUCCUGGGAGAGGCUCAACACCACCUUGGCUCUGCAGGCGGGCCUCCGGACGCUGCAUGACAUCGGACCAGAGAUCCGUCGAGCCAUAUCAUGUGACCUACAGGGCGGGCUAGUGGAGGCAAAUGGAGAGGAAGAGGAAGAAAUCUACAGGCGUAACGGCGGCCUCUUUGGGAACCACGUCAACCACUUCAGCGGAGAGCAGCCGGGCUCCUUCCACCCCACCACCGUCACCCAGCGCCCCCUACAGAUCCUUCCCUUCUCCUGCAGCGCCUCCGUGGAACCCGUCCAGACCGAGCGGAGAGGCAGCGGCAGCGACCGGGAAGGAGAGACGGAGAUGAACUGUUCACCCGUCCAGUACAACCACCAUCCGUCCCCUCGGCUGUACGACUACCCCCGCUGUAACUCCGCCUGCCUCCAGCCGCCCGUCCCCUCCAACGCCAACCUCAACAACGCCAACGUGCCCUCGCUCCUCUCCAUGACCGUCGGGAGGCAGCAGAAGUGUCUGUUGAGACGAAGCCGUCCGUCCUCCGCCAGAAACGGAUCAUCGAUGUCUUACAGCAAAGGAGUCCACGACAAGCCGUGGAAGUCCCACUCCAUCAGGACGCGCUACUACGAGGCCUACAUUAGGUCUGAGAGCGGAGGACUUUAUCCAACCAUAAGGCGAGAGGAGCCGGCGGCCGGAGACAGCGACGACGAUCGAGGGUCAGGAGAAUAUUACAGCGGGGAGGAGUUUCAUGAAGACGACAUCAUGCUAACAAAGGACAGGUUGGGCAACAAGGAUGCAGCAGAGGCAGAUUCUGAGCUGGAAGUUUCCGGGGCCGACCAUCAGGCUGAUGGUUACUAUGACGACGACCAACAGCCCAUCUACCAGGACGGCAGGCGGUCACCCAGGAGAUGGUUUUUACCCUCACCUCAAGCCUCCACUAGACCAACAUUUAGUUUCGAGUGUCUUCGAAGAAAAAGUAGCCCAGACGACGCUCCUGCCUCUCCAUCGUGCACGGCUCUUCCUCUACACCUGGUGCAGCAGCAGGUGAUGGCGGUGGCCGGUCUGGACGCCUCCAGAAUCCACCGACUGUCUCCGACGAGGUCUCUGCGUUCCUGGGCGACGCCUCCAGCCUCCCCCAUCAGCCGAGACGCCUCCCCCUGCUACACUCCCCUCAUACAGGUGGACUGGCGUAGUUCUGGCAGCGUUGGCAGCAUCCCUGGAGCGGUGAAGAGGAGUUCCUGGUACACUGAAGGUCCAGACGGUCCUCCCAGCCGCAGCCACUCCCCAUCACGUCUGCAGCUCCCCACAGAAAGCUGCUUACGCUUCCUGCAGAAGAGAGGCAGCGCCAACAGUCUGGUGGAAGCCGUUCUGAUAUCUGAGGGUUUGGGGAAAUACGCCAGAGACCCCAAGUUUGUGUCGGCCACCAAACACGAGAUCGCGGACGCCUGCGAGAUGACCAUCGACGAGAUGGAGAGCGCAGCCAGCAACCUGCUGAACGGCAGCGUGAGUAACGGCAGCACCGGGGGAACCGGCGUCACGGACCAACACGCCAGCAUCCGCGACUACAGCGACGAGGAGCCGUACGUGGCAGUGAAAUGCGAGGAGGACCUAACGGACGAGAUGAUAUGCAUCACUUCCCUAUAGCAGCGGCUCACAACACUUCUAGCUAGGUUUUUUUUUAAUUGAAGCCGUGCUGCUGCUCCACAGCGAGAGGAAAGUCUCUCUUCAGGUGCAUCUGAGGAAACGUCAAACAGGGAUGGACGAGCGAGCAAAGUGCCUUGUUUUUCUCUUUCUGUUGAACAGAGAACAGAAGUUAACGGUGGAGAUGAACUGGGCUCUGGCCUGUCAUUCAGGACGAUCUGUUUUCUUUAAUACCACCAGAGGUUUGAUCUGAAUCAGCUUUAAUUGGAGGCUGUUUGCAUGCGUGCAGUGUUGGGUGAAUGAUGGCCAUCCGUCCACUGUUCACUCAGUAUGAAGAGCCGCUCAGAGAAAACGUGCCACCGUUCCAUUCACUCACAGGCUGCAGUGUGGGAAAUGUUUCCUGCACUGGAUUUACUUUUUCCAAAGGAUUUUCCCUAAUUUCUGGUUUAAAUGUGAGCAGCCAAUGACAGGCCAGUGAGUGGAUGAUCUGAUGGUAGUGAAGCUGCAUUUGUUCUUUGGCCGUCCACUGAUUCCAAGAAUUCAUGUUUUCAUUUGAUAUCUGUGUGUAUAUAACAUGUGAUGGAACCCUUUUAUUUGGUUAUUUCCCCUCUAUGACUCAAAUUACACAAAAACUCCAGAGGUAGAUAGAUAACACACACACACACACACACACAUAUAUAUUUGUUAGUUUAUUUCAGAUCAUCUCCAUCAGGCCGGUCCGUUUGAAUCAAGCUGCACUGAGUUCAGGGUUAAAAGUCGCUCGUCUCUGUUUUUGACUUGAAAAGGAAAUCACAUAUCAGUGAAAAAAGACUUUGUCCUCAGGCAUAUCCUUCUGUUUCAUCCUGUAAGUCCUUCCCCUUUUACACCAACAGCAAUGCUAAAGUCACACAACUUUAGAACUUAUUCCCCAAAAUAAAAUGUUUAGGAUCGCCGUCCAUCGUGAUCCUGAACUGUCGGUUUUAUUCUUUCUUGCUCACUUAGCAGUGAUUCACUUUUACGCAAAUCUUGAAAUGAUGAAACCCGGUUCACAGUGAGAAAAAGAUUACCACUGACGUGUUUUUGAUCUUCUGUGUGACACAAACUCAGCCUGGCAUGUCAAACCGCUGCACUCCCCUUCGGUUUUAUGUUGUGAUACGUUCCUGUUAGACGCUUACAGAAUGAAUUCAUCAGCCUGAGACCAUUUCUGAGAAAUAAGAUGUUUCAGUUCAGAUGGAAUCCAGGAAGUACGCUGCUGCACCAACUCAGAUUUCAGUCGUCAUUUGUGACCUGAAACUAAAACGUCUUACCUGAGCAGUCAUUGUAAGGGUUCAGUUUCUCCAGAAAUAAAGCUGUUGCAGCCAUAAAAUUCAGUAAGGACACAUAUAUGAGAUCAAAAUGAUUGAAUGGUUGCAGCAGAGGCAAUACUUUUAACUACUGGUCCUUAAAAAUGGAAAGAAAAGACAAAAGUUUCAAAAAAGCAUGGCAUUGGUACCCCAGAAAGUCCAUAUUUCCAACUAGGAAUAAAGUCUUUUGUUGACAUUUCACCAACUUUGAGGCCUCUAACAUCAGUAAUGUUGGAUAUGUGGCAGGAAGGGUUCCAGUUUUUUGCCGUUUUGACUAGGGCUGGCCCGAAUAGUGGUUUCUGGCCUCCGAAUAUUCGGGUGUCGGACGGCGGACAGACCGAAUAUUCGUAUCUGUUCGUCUGGUCUCCCGGGUCCAAAUUUUGCCUUCGUUUAGUCUUUAGUUAAACUGAAGAAUUCCCAAACAGUGGAGGUCUUCAGCAUCUUGUCUUGUGUUCAUGCAACGAAGUGAAGCGUGACGUCAGAGUCGGCAGCAACCCGGACAUUAGGGCGGUGGUAAGAAACACGAACUGAUGAGCCAAAUAUUCGGGUACCAAAAUUAAUAUCCGGAUACCGCCGUAGCGAACGAAUAUUCGGAUAUUCGGGUCCAGCCCGAGUUUUGACCGACUAAAAUGGUGACGUUGACCAUAAAAACUAGCGUGUAAAAGGUUUUAGAUACUGUUAUUACAUGUAUGAAGCUAGAAACUGCUACCGUACUGUCUUCAUGUUGAAAUUCAACAUUUGAGGCUUAUUCUGCUUCCCUGAAGGUUCCAGACAUAUAUUUGAAAUGACAAAACCCUUUAAAAGAGCCAUCGCUCCUCAUUGGAUUUACGUAAAAAGGAAGUUCUCCGGUUGGUCUUAAUGUCUACUUUUUAUCGUCUUCUCCUCCUCGUCGUACCUGGAGCUGGUGGCAGCAGGUGUUUGAUGGUAAACGGUGGUUGGAGUCGCCACUGACGGGGAUGAAGAGGAUGUUAAGGUAAAGUUUAUGCAUCCAAAUGGGUCAGCGGCAUCAUUAAAACAACCUAAAUGUGGAAGUUUAUUCUUGUAGAGAUACUCUUAAAGUCACCUUCUUUGUGUCACAAAAAGCAAACUGAACAAAGCCUGAGUUGUUGCAGCAACACGUCUCUCUGAAAUGACUCAUGCUGACCUGAUAAGAGAACAAGGAGCAUCUCACAGCUGAAGCUUCAUCUGUCUGGUCAUGUUCAGUCUUUUACUGCUUCAGUUUUCCUCCAGGCUGAGGUUGGUCCCAUUUUUCUUUAAGUUUGGCUUGUUUCAUGAUGACCCAGAUGAAGCACACAGACACCAACAGACUCAACCUUUAAACCUUUAAAACACCUCAGCAGAGCCACAGAGUAUCUGCUGGUGUCCCUGAUGAUGAGCAGAUGGAGUGUACAUAGGGGUUCAUUUCAAUGCAGUGAUUGUGGUUAGCUGUUGCCUUUAACUUGUGGGAUUUCUUUUGUUGUUCAAAUGCCAGUUUUUCUGUGCACAAGAUGUCCAAAAACAGCUGCUGUCUGUGAGGAGAGAACAACACGACCUGGUCGCAGGUAAAAAAAACAAAGAAAGCCUGAAGGGAAGCAGCACCUCUGCACCUUAGCUCCAGCACCACUGCCAGCUGUCCUCAGGUCAACCUUUAACACACCAACACCGGGUCACUGCAGGGUGCUUUCUCUCUUCUCCUCCUCCUCAGUCUCACUACUGUUGUCAGGGCAACGUGUCUGACGUGUGCAAUCAAAGGGCUUCUUCUCAUGUCAAACCAAAACAUGGGAUCAGUGAGUGCAUUCACACACAUCCACGCUGUCCCACAUGCAUUACAUGUUACCGUUGCUUAAGUGUGCACAGGUUGUCGUGCACAGCUGGAAUACUGUCCACGUGCACUGUACAUGCACUCACUUCCUCCCACACACAGGUUUUAGUGGCCAACAGCUGAUUAAUAAGACUUAUGCAUUUUGUAACUGCAUGUCAAUUGUGUUUAAUUCAGACUUUUAACUAAUUGUAGUGCUGUUACCUCUAACGAUCCAGGUCUGCUGGUUAAAGUGUCGGGGUCAUUCCAGGUGAAAUGACCAGAUAUUCCUUGGGGGUGUUGCUGCACCAUUUUCAAAUUAGUCCUAAAUUUGUAUGCCAUUAGAUAGUCACAAAAGUACUUUCUAUGCAAAAUUGUAGGCCUGUAGCUCAAAUAGUUUCUGAGUUGUGGGGGUCUGAAAUUUUCAGAAUUUGGGCUAUAAAAAGCCUCGUCAGGGUUUCCUUUUUUUGCAUCUUUAAGUGGUUAUUUGUCAGCCUCUAGACAUACCAGAGAGCUGUGAGUUGGUAAACAAGGCCUCUGCAUGUAGCUAGUGCCCCACAAACAUCCCCAGGUGUUUCCCUACACUCUGCAGGCCGUGGGGGCUUGCUAAAAAUGCUAAAAAAUUAAGAGAUAGCUACUCACGAGUGGAGUUUGGACCUUAAAAGUACUAGAAAUACUGCACAGAAGUGUUCUAACAGCCCUGGGUUCCAUUCUACACAAACUUGUGUGAUAACUUAGCAAACUGGAGCUUUCUAGGUACCUCAGUUUGGAAAAUAUGAGCUCCUAAAGUUGGACGAGAUUUUUAAUUGGCUAUUUUUGGGGCAAAAAUCUCAGUGUGGGACAGGUACCAGAGACCCCAAAUUUUUCUACAAGACAGUUCCAUCUGUCUUCUAUCACUGUACAAAAAAGCAGCAGGGUUAUAUUUGUAGUUACUGAGAUAUUCUUACUCAAAAUGGCAUGGGUGAUGUCACAAUCGUUUUUUGCUUUUCACUACUUUAAAUUGGGAUACCAGUAUUAGUAGUCAUUCCAAUGGUAGUAUUAUGUAUGUUUGGUUCUUUUUGAAAUGUUAGUUGUUAAAGGUGACUACCUUCAAAAAUGGUAGUUUUUUUAACUUAAAGAUGCAAAAAAAAACACAGGCGAGGCUUUUUAUAGCCCAAAUUCUGAAAAUUUCAGACCCCCACAACUCAGGAACUAUUUGAGCUACAGGCCUACAGUUUUGCAUAGAAAGUACUUUUGUGACUGUCUAAUGGCAAAUUUAGGACUAAUUUGAAGAUGGUGCAGCAACCACCAUCUGGUGAAACCACACGGAAUGACCCGUCAGAGAAACUGAGGAAAAUGCUGCAUUUGCUCAAAAGAAGUUUGAAAAAUAAUCCACUGAGACCUGAGUAACAUGUAGGAGUCACACAACUUAAAAACUGGUUGGAUUUUGUGGAAAUGCAGCCAAAGAUUCAGUUUUCCUGUUUGGGUUUCUGGUGACUUUUAAAAAUAUAUAUUUUGGAUGAAUUUAGACAACUUCAGAAGCCAUAUUUAACACGUUAUAAGCAGACAUUUGUACAUUUGCUGCAUUUCCCAGAGUAGUCAUAAACCCCUAAAUCCUGGGAAACCCACUGUGGCAAAAACACAUCAGAUCUAGCUUUUAUUAUUUAGGUCUUACAGGGUUAAAGGAAACAGAACUGCCAUUUUUUAUCUCCUCCAGCAGCUUCUGUCUGAUGUAAACUCCAGUAUUUCUACAUCAGUGACAGACAGCUCAGGAUAAAAGAUCAGUAAUAAAGCAUUCUUUACAUUCAGUACCAUCCAUGAUUGGUUUCACUCAUUACCUCUCUCUGAAUAAACGGCCACCGCUGCAUGGCUCUGAUCCAGAUUUACUGCCACUAGAACACAACUGUCCAAAUAAAUAUUAAUCAAAAGGCACAAAGUGACAGAACACGAAGCUUUGUUGUUCACACAGCUUUAUUUUUUGUACUGUUCCACGGCUUUACACGUCUAUGAAACAAUGUAUAAAAUCUGUACAGCGUUUGUAAAAAGUUGGUGAUGAACUUGAAGAUUUCUGCUUUCUAACCAUUUGUUGUAUGAAAUUUAAAAGAAUAUAUAUAUAAAGCUCUAUCUACUUUGUAGCAGAAGUACUAGUACCUUAUAGAUUUUGUACCGAUGAAAUUGAAGAAAAAAACAAACAAACCCUGUUUUGUACAUUUGAAUUUUCUGCCUGUUUGACGAUGAACCUGCUGAUUUUUGUAACGAUCACUGAAUAAAGUCAUGAGGACAAAGUCA